AUGGCCUUACUUAUACCACAACGUUGGUAUACUGAUGCAUCAGUUAUGGAGGCAAAUACAAUACUUAUAAGUAUACCAGCAAUUUCAGUAAUUUCUGCAAUUGAAACAGGAAGGAAAGAAGAACUUUAUGAAAUACAUGAAAGACUUGCUAAGGAGAUGGAAUCUGAAAUCACACAAAUUAUGCAAGGCAAUAAUAUUAUUGAAUUUGCUUGUACUAUUAACAAUCCAAUUAAUAUUAAAACAAAAGGCCGAAAGCCUAAAAUUUCAAGUAAUAUAUAUGCUAAUCGUAAGGGUAAAAAAAGGCAAGUAAGAACUAAUCAAAAUGAUAAAGAGAAUAAUAUAAGUGAUGAAGAUUGCGAAGAAUUAUUACCAAAUAGAAAGUGGCAAAAAGUCUCACAAGAUAAUUCAAAUACAGCAGAUUAUGAGUUAAAUGUAGAUGUGAAAGCUGAAGGUAGUAGAAGUAAAUCAAGACAAUGUGGAAUUUGCAACAAAGAAGAUCAUAAUGCACGAACAUGCUUAAAAAUCAAUUUGUAA